AUGUCACCCAUUACUCGUAGCAAAACAAGUCCAAGACGUUGGUUAUAUCCGGUAUUUCCAACUUUAGCAGAACUAGAUGAUGCUUUUCUAUUAGCUGUAUCGCGUAUACAACAAGAUGCUCAAAAAUUACUUGGUGCGGAAUUAACCGUACUAGAAAUCAGGCAAAAACUUUACAAUAGCCAGUCACAAGAAUUCUGGCUGGUUAAUAAUUUCGAUGCUUUACAAGAAGUUAUGUAUUAUAAAAUGAAAAAAAAUUUAUUUACCAAUUAUAAAGAUCAAUUAACAGCUGCUGGAAUAGAAGUUACAAAAAAAGUGGAUACAAUGCAAUUACUAAUUAAGACAAUUAUUGAUGAUAACAACAACAGCAGCAAUAAUCAAAUAGAUUCUUAUUUUGGUAGCACGGUUAGUGACAAUUACACAUACAAUAAUAACAAUGGCGAUGGCGAUGGCGAUGGUGAUAAGAAUGGAAACAAUGACACCAUUGAAUUAAUUGGAGGAGAACAAUCUUAUACGGAGACACAUCAUAAAUUUCAAGAUUAUAUAAAAAAUUUUAUUUACAAUAUUGAUUAUUCGUAUUUAAAAAGUUUAGGAACAAAAACAAAUCUAUUUGUUAUAAUAGUGUUGAUUAUAAUUUUUUUUAAUGAAUUUGGUGCAAAUUAUUAUUAUCAACAGUUUACUACUGGUCAUCAUCAACACAAAAGGUCAUUAAAUAAUGUUCAACUUCGUGACAAGGUAAAAGAACAAGUUAUAAAGUAUGCCGAGAAAGAGAUUUCAAAAAGAACUCACAAUUUAGCCAACAAUAAUAAUAAACCCAAUGAUCUUAUUGGUUUAGUUAGAACACAAAUAUCUGAGAGCACCAAAACUUUUUUAAGAGUUUCCGAUGAUUUAGAUGCUAAAAUUUUGGACGAUCUUGAUGUUCCUAUGCGAAGUAUUGAUUCAUAUGCAUCUGAAGAUAUUGAACACCCUGAAGAAUCUGAUCACAACUAUGAGGAGUUUAUGGAUAGUUUACUUUCAUAUGGAAAUUAUCUUACUAAGGAUUUAAUGGAAAAGAAUCGUUUUCCCAACGCAUUCACAAAUGAACUAAAACGUAUUGCUGACUUAUAUGAUUAUGAUAACAUUGUUUUUCGAACUGUGUUUGGUGGUGAUUCAAACAAUUUUCUUCAUUUAAGCCUUGCAAAACACGCAACAAAGUUAUCACAUAUUGGAUUCAACAAUGAAAUCAAUCAGGAAUCAUUCACCAAGUGUGCUGUGAAAGUUGAAGAAUUGCAAGAAAUGAUUGGAGAAAAUGAUCAGACAAGUAUUAACAGAGCCAUGUUGGGGUUUUUAUUAAAGCAGGAGAAUUGUUUUCAUGAUGUUGUUUUUGUUGUAAAAAAUGAAAAAAUAUGGGCAAGUCGAUAUGUGCUUGCUGCAAGCUCCACAGUUUUCUAUCAGAAAUUUAAUUCAGAAGACUUGAGCACAGUUAAUCCAGCUAGAAUUACUAAUUCAGUGCACAUUUGGUUGCGUUACUUAUAUGGUCAGAAUAUCAAUGAUGCAAUUUGGAAUCAUCAAAGUUUAAAUAAAAAACAACCAUCAAAUUUGGAACUGUAUAAAGAUCUACUCAAAUUAGCAAAUGAUUAUAAAAUAGAUCAUUUAAAAAAUCUUAUGGAAUUAAAGCUCUCUCUAUUGGUUAACAGAUCAAGCGUGCGAGAGAUAGAAACAUUAGCAAGAGAAUUAAAUGCAAAUCAACUCGAAGAUCCUAGCUCGGUUCAUGUUUUAUUGCGUUACUUAUAUGGCCAGAAUAUCGAUGUUGCAAUUUGGAAUAAUCAAAGUUUAAACGGAAAUAAAUUAUCAAAUUCGGAAAAUUUGGAAUUACAUAAGAACAUACUUGAGUUAGCAAACGAUUAUGAACUAGAUCAUUUAAAAGAUCUUAUGGAAUUAAAGCUCUCUCAUUUGGUUAACAAAUCAAAUAUGUUAGAAAUGGAAGAUUUGGCAAGAGAUUUAAAUGCAAACCAACUCGAAAAUGAAAGACUACAAGAAUUGCAAUCAGGCAUAGCACAAAUAUCCGAAGAAGAAAAGAAAAAAAUUGAAGAUGAAUAUGAAAAAAAUCUUAAAUUUUGGAGACAAAGAAAAAGAAUGGAAGAACUGGAUAUUGAAAUAGACUUGAUUGGUGAAGAUUCUUUGAAGGCUUUAUAA